ACGAAAAACUAAUUUGCGCCCGUCUAAUCCCGCAUCGGAACGGCACGGAAAAGCGAAGUGAAUACCGGGUCGUAAAAAAGGAAACGCACCGGUGCAUCCUAGGUCAUGCCGUGCGGGGCCAAAUAAUGUUAGUUUGUGCUGAAGUUCGGCAUUUGUGAGAACGGAAGUAAAGUGUUUUGAUUUCUGAUUGAAAGCACGGGCCACAAGCCACAAACGCACAACGUUGGCUGUGUGUUUUACAGCUUCUGGGUAACAAAGAAAGCAAUAGCAACUACCUUAUAUGAGCAAAAAUGUGGCCAAUGAAGCUGGACAUGACGAAGGAAGAGUGUCGGGGUGUGCUCCGAAGGCUCGAGCUGGAAUCCUAUGGCAGCCUCAUCAGCACCUUUCGAGCACAGGGCUUUCUGUGCAAGGAGAAACUGCGGAUACUGGAAGAUCUUCGACGAAUUCUGCACAUUUCAAACGAUCGGCAUCGGGCAGAGGCAAGACGCGUGGCGAACGACGAGCGACUCUACACGGUGGCCGAAAUAAUCUGCGGACCAAACAGUUCGCAAGAUUGGCGCCGCGAGGGCCAUCGAGCAUUUCCCAUUCUACCAAGGUCGGUACCGCACACCGCACUCACGUACAUCGCCAACACCGUAUACGAGCAGCUAACCCGUGCGAACUGCAAGCUACCGCAUCCCGCCAACACGUCCUGCAAUCGACUCAAAAAGGCCGAAGAGGAAAUGUUCAAGUUUGAGCUGGUGCGAAAAGAGCUCUCCCUGUUCGAGAAGGGAUUCGAACGGGAUGCCGCCGUGGUUACAUCGGACCCGUUGCAGGAUAUUAUGGCUAAAAGCUAUAUCAACAUCGAUGUUAAGCGGACCGAGGAAUCUAAAGCGGAAGCAUCCACACACGCACCGGAAGAAGUGGCCGUUGUUGAGUCGUCUGAGAAUAGGCAGGACGCGCCGGACACGACAUCAACUGGCAACACGACCGAGCAACCUUCGCUGAGCGAUAUACUGUUGGACAACUCCAACAGCCCGCUAGUUGCAAGUAAUACCCCGAACAAAAUUUCGGAAAAACCCAACACGAAAAGCAGCGAACGUUCGAGGAAAAAAUCUCAAGGCACCAAACGACAAAGCAAGGUAAAAUCACCCUACCCGGCCGGGAAACCGAGCAAGAAUGGACCGGUAAACAGCACUAAACAGUCGUCCAAGGCAACGAGCAUACCGAGCCCUCAUCUGAUGCACUCUUACGCUGUCCCCUUCGAUCUGGUGUCGGCCACAAACGGAGGCAACUUUUACCCCGAACCGCCACAAUUGCAACAGCAUUUAACAUCCAAUAUGCCAUACCCAGCCCCGCUGGGGCACUCCAAGGGAGGGCAGUCGGGAAUGUUUUCACCCGGCAGUUUUUCCACCUCCAGAGGCCAGACACCGUCGUCUCCUGUACAUCCGUCGGCAAAUUAUCCGCCACCCUCAUCGGGCCAUUUACACUCAUACAAGCACCAGCAGGGCAUUUUGCCUUCCUCUAAAAAGGAUAUUCAGUACAACUUGUCUAAACUGAACCCCACAAAUAGCAUGCCACCGCAGAAAGGAGUCAAUACGAGUACCGUACCUUCGCGUGGCCCUAACAAUUUCCCUUCCGGUGCGAAAGGUUUACCUCAAGCGCUGUUGAACUAUCAAAAGAGAACAAACAGUAAAAAUAUACUCAUCCCCACAUCGGCGGCGGCGGCAACGUUGGCUAGCCUGGGUUUACCCUUGGCCGAACAUACGAGUGAUUGGAUUUCAUCCAAAAGCCGUGAUACAGCCGUCGGAAUCAAACCGAACAAACUGCAGCAAGAGAUAUCGAAUCCGAGAGUAACAUUACACAUCCCUCCGAUGGCAAUUUCUUCAAGCCCCGAGGAAGUGGAGGAAAGCUCUCCCGUUCCGAGCGAUAGCAAUAUCGCUGGAAAAGAAUCGCUAUCUUCUUUUCCUUCUGCAGCGGCCCAUGUUUCUGUUACCACCAGCUCUGUUGGUGACGUAAUUGCCACAAAUAACCCUACCCAGAGUUCUGACCUAACCUCUUCAAGUGUGCCGGGUAAAUCGAACGUAGAAUUCGGUCCGGUCCUUACACCGCCAGUUGUGAACAACGUCCUUCCCCUGAAGCAACCGAACAUUGCCGGUUUUACGCCGGUCAAGAGUGGUAGCAAACUGUCCGUGAGCAAGACACAACUUAUGCCGUUGGUUGCCCCAUCACCAGCACCACAGUCGGCUCCGAUCGGUGCCGCGGGAAUGACAAAAAGCAAUGUGUUCAUAUUGCCGAAAUCCAACGUACAGGGCAUUCUUAAUGUGGGGCAGAAGAUAAGCAUCUCCAAAUGCAUCGUCGACCCGCCGGCGGGAGCACCAGCAGUGACACGGAGUCCACCAAAGGUGAUCGUACAGCCGGUACCGAAUCUGAACAACGUUGCGUCCUUUGACCUCGACACGGAUCGCAAAGAAGCGACGGCCCAGAUGAGACAACAACUGUUUGCCCCCGACAAGCUGUCCUCGGAAGUCGCUCAUGUGUUGACACCGAUGGAAAUUGCGACCGGUGGUUUAGUGAAGCCGGUCGCCAAUGUUCAGCCAGCAAUUCGCUCCAUUUCGGUUGAUGGUGCCCCUUCAAUCGUGCCAGCAGCUCUCGAUGCUCCUACGGUUAGAAAAAUAACGAUUUCCGCAAGCCAGCUGAUCCCAUUCAAAGGAACUCUACGGGACGGAAAAUCGUUACCGACGGUAACGAUCGCUUCGAAUGCUUCCAAUUUGCCACUGGCGACGAAGCAGGUAAAAUUUGGCUCUUCUAGCGGUGUUGAAAGUACGAACGCGCCAACUAUAGCUGCGAGUAAACCCAGUAUAGACUGGGAGCAGGAAGUGGACCGUGCCAAUGGCACUCAACAGGGACCACCCACCGCCGAAGUGCACAAUCUUCCCGACAACGGUGAAGAGGUAAAAGAAGUGGUGGUUAAAAUGGACGCCAUACAGGAAACCAACGGAAUCAGUCAACAGCACGAUCACAACUCGACUGAAACGGAGCAACCGACAGCAUCGAAGCAAGUGGAAGAAACAAUUCCACCUAGUUUCGGGGUUAUCUCAGCGGACCGCACCGACGACUCGUCGGCAACAGAUUCGGCCGAUGCCGAAGAAGAUCCCGAAGACGACUCGGCCAGGAUAGUGGAGGAUGACGGUAUCGAGGAAGAUGAUUACGAUGAAGAGGAUCGCACGGUGGUCGACGUGGAAACGGACACGCACGGAAUCAUUAUAGAAGAGGACGAAGCCAACUAUGAUUCCUUUAUCGAAGAGGUGGCGGACGAUGAAAACUACAUCGAAGAAAUCGUCGACGAACAGAUGGAAAUUAGCUACGAAUCGUCACGCGAACUAGCCCACACGUCGGAUAAUAUAAUCGAAGAGGAGGAGGAGGAGGAGGAGGAGGAGGAUCAUCAUCCCAGCAUGAAUGGAAUGAUGGAGGACGACCAGACGGAGAUGAUGCAGUACGCACAGUGCACUGACAUGAUCGCGGAUGAAACAGUCGAAAACGGUAGUUCACAUGAGCCGCAUUCAAUGAAGGACGAUAUCGUUUGCGAGCUGCUUGAGAUCGACGCCGAUGGCACCUACUCUACGCGGCAGUUUUCGUACGAACAGGCAAUCGCCGAAGGCCUGACGGUACUGCCGACGAUGGCCAAACCGGCGCAUAAAGCGAACCGAUCAGUAAGUUGAAGCAGCAGUCCUACACUAGAACAAGAGGGUUUGAGCGAAACAGCAUAAAAACAGUUGGUUCAAAAGUACAAUGCAAUCGCUACCUUAAAAGUUAUUACACCGGCAUACUGGUGUAGAGCAAAAUCAUAGUUGGCGAUACUUGCUAUUUAUUUUGGAAUCUGUUUUUAAGGGCAUCGAGCUCACAUUUGUACAUAUGAUGCAAAAAGAAAUAAUCAAAUUGUUUUUUUACACUUAUUUCUCGCAUAACACCCACCCGUUUGUUUUUAAACGAUUACGCCCUAGACAGUGAUAAGACUUUUCGUAGUGAAUUUAUUUUCGACACAUACACCUUGAUACUGCUCAAUACCUCAGGUGACUUACUCCCGUACAUUUCUUUUACAGUUACAGUUGAUUACUGUUAAACAACAUUGUGACUUUUUGAUCAGUUUAAGUUUAUUGAGAAAUUUGUUAGGAAACAAUCAAUUCAGCUGCUACCAUAUCCAAUGGGUGUUUAGGCCGGAACUAGAUUAUUUCCAUUGCCAACUGUACAUUAAUCGCCUGUAAAUUUAUUCUUGACCUAACCUUACUGCACAAGCCCUCCCCCUCUCUUACGCUGCCGAAGGCAAUGGUUUGCUUUAUCGAAUUAGAGAAAAAAAGUAGAGUUAUAGAGUGGAAUGGUGCGAUCGGUUGUUUGAACCCUUUACCUGCUCGUAAGAUAUUAAAUGCC